AUGGCAUCGUCCACGUUCUUCUUCUCCUUCUUCUCCUACUUUUUGCUUGUGUUAGCUGCAGCUGCAUCUCCGGAGAACUACCUCCACCUGCGCUUCUUCCAGCACGAGAGAAUCCUGGGCGUCGCCAACGCCACGGUGGUGCUGUCGGUGAACGCCGACAACUCCGGCCUGGCCACCGGCUUCGGGAACAUCGUCGCCUACGACAACGCUCUCCGGGAGACGACCGACCUGAGGGCGCCCAUCAUCGGCCACUCACAAGGCCUUGGUAUCGGCUCGGACAGGUCCGGCGCCACCGGGUUCACGGCGUUCAGCAUGGUGUUCACCGGCGGCAGGUACAACGGCAGCUCGCUGGACAUCCAAGGCAUAUUCAUAUCGCAGCCGUUGCUGGAGACGGUGUCGGAGCGGGCGAUCGUCGGCGGCACGGGACGGUUCCGAGGGGCUCGAGGGUACCUUCUCAGCCAGGAAAUCGUCUUGACGCCGGAAACACUCACCGGACAGCUCGACGCCUUCAUUAAGUUUUAA